AUGAUUAAAGUGACACUGGAUCUGCAACAAGCCGAAAGUAUUUUUCAAGAGUUGAAUAAAGAAUUAAUUGAUACAUUGCCAGCAACUUAUGACAGUCGAAUUACAUUUUUUGUGGAUACGCUUCAAACGCUUUUAAAUGCAGAAAAUAUCAACCAUAAUGAAUGUGAGCAUAAGGAUAAAUCUGAAGAUUUCGAAAGCGGUUCAGUAGAUUCGAGAGAGAAAUCAACAAAUCCAUUUGACGAUUCUGAUGAUGAUGCAGCAAAAGCUGUGGAAACUAUAAAAAUAGAUGCCAGUGGUGCUAGCGACAUUAAAUCACGAAAAGUGUUGUAUAAAGUUCGAGCCACCCAUAAAUAUGUCGCAGAAGAUACUGAUGAGUUAUCAUUUGAUGCUGGUGAAAUUAUCUUCGUACUAAAAUCUUGUGAAGAAGAUUUGCUUGAUGAUGGUUGGUUACUUGGUCAAAAGCAGUCUGAUGGAAGUCGAGGCGUUUUCCCUGCUAAUUUUACAAAACCACUAUAA